AUGCAAGAGCAAUAUAUUAUCAAAUGGUUGAUAUUAUUUAUGACAAUUGUCGAAUGUAUUCAUAGCUUUGAAAUAUUUAUUAAGAAAACUAAUGAUAACAAUGAUCAAAAUAUUGAAGAAUUACAAUCGUUUUAUAAUAAAAAUUAUGAAAUGUCUCUUUUUCAAACACAUUAUAUUACAAUACGUAUUAGUCCAGAUGAUCUUUAUCGUGAUCGAAAUACCACUGAUCAUAAUGUUGUAGGAUUUAAAUUUCAAGUAAAAUCAACAGAUACUAGAAUAGUUCAUGUUCAAAAAGAAGUUAUGAUACCAACAAGAAUGACAAAUGCCAAUGAUUCGAAUAAUAUUCUACUUGAAGAUUUAUUUAUAUUACCUAGUAAAAAUGCACUUGGUCAUAUUUUUAAUGCAUAUCCAUCACCUACAUUAAUUCAUCUUAAAGAUCCAAUUAGUAUUGAUAUAAUAUGGUCAAUAACAAGUACUAUGAUGGAAAUAACAAAUUUAACAUUUUCUUUGGAUAUAUUUUAUAAUGAUGAUUCAAUAUCAUCACAUACAUGGUCAUUAAAUAUUCUUGUUACACAACCAAAACGUAUAAUUGAUAGAUUAUUUUAUAUAAUAUUACCAUUUCUUGUUAUAUUUAUAUCAAUACAAAUGGGUAUAUUACUUGAUACAAAAAUUUUAAUUGAUCUUAUUAAAAAUCCAAAACCAGUUAUUGUUGGUUUUAUUUCUCAAUAUGGUCUUAUGCCAUUUUUAGCAAUGGCUAUUGCAAAAAUUUUUCAUUAUUCACCAUUAUAUAGUCUUGCACUUUUUAUUAUUGGUUGUUGUCCAGGUAGUGGUGCUUCAAAUCAAUGGACACUUUUAUUUGAUGGAGAUGUUAAUCUAUCAGCUGUUAUGUCAUUUGUAUCAACAGCUUCAUCUUUUGUUAUGAUGCCACUUUAUUUUUAUACAAUAGGACGUAUUUAUAUGAGGGAAUUAUCCAUAAGUGUACCGUUUUUAGGUCUUCUUCGUUCGUUAGCACUUGUUGUUCUACCAUAUAGUAUUGGUAUUGGUAUUAGUCAUUGUUCACCAAAAACUCGUUCCAUUGUUCAAACUCUUGUGAAACCAAUGAUGUUAUUUCUGUUGUUAUUUUUUCUUAUUUUCGGCACGGUUGUUAAUUGGUAUUUGAUUAGAACAAUUGAUUUACAUACAGCAUUAACAGCCCCAUUAUUACCUUAUUUAGGCUUUAUGUUUGGUGCUUUCAUUGCCUGGGUAUGUCGUCUUAAUUGGUCUCAUAUAAAAACAGUUGGUAUUGAAGCUGGAAUACAAAAUACUGGUAUUGCAUUCAUGAUUAUGUAUUAUUCAUUUCCUCAACCAUAUGCUACAAAAGCCAUUGUUGUACCACUUGUCGUAGCUUUUUUAACAACAAAACCAUUUUGGCUUGUUUAUAUGAUACGCAGUCGUGUAAUCAAAUAUAAAAAAAGAAAAGAAUUGGAGAAAAAUGAAAAUUUAACAGCAAAAGCAAAUAAUAAUGAUGGAAAAUUAAUUUUAGAAAAUGAGAAGCCAUUUAUAAAUGAUGAACAAAAUAAUACAAAAGAAGAUUAUGUUGAAAUGAUGGACGUUUUUGUGAAAAUGAAUACCGUUGAUUCACAUCAACAAUUUAAAUAUGAAUAUAUUGCUGGUGUAUCUUUAUCAAAUGAUCUUCAUCAUUCAAAUCAGACUAAUUCAAAUAUGGAUACAAAUAAAGAACGUCAUUUAUUACAUAGUAAAUUUAAUAAUAAACAAAAUCAUAUGUCAUCUGUUCCAUUUGUUGACCAAUCCGGAAAAAAACAAUUAGAAAUAAUUGGUUUAGAACUAGGAUCAAAAAUCUCAUCGAGUAAAACUAAUCAUCAAUUUUUAAUUAAAAAUACAACUUCUUCUAUUAAUUCAAAACUAAAAUUAACAAAAGUUGAUCAAACAAUGUUACAAUUACCGAAAAGAACAACAUUUAUAGCAAAUCGAAGAGUGUCGGAAAAUAUUUUUCCAAGAACAUUAACAUCACAUUCAUUGACUUCAUCUAAUCUUCCAACAUCAGAUAAAUCAAUUAUAAUUUCUUCAAAUCGUCGAACAAAUACAUCAAUACAAAGUUCAGAUGAUAAAACGAUCAUGACACAACGAACACAACCAAAUCUAACAUUGAAUUCAUCUAUCACAGUUUUAAAGAAAAUGCCAACAACUACUCAUCAAUUAUCACCAAGAUCAUUGAAAAAAUCUCAACAACCUCUUCUAAGUUUAGGACGAGAUACAUCAUCAAUUAAAUUACCAACAUUAUUAAAACGAACAACAACAUCAAUUAUCAAACCAAUACCAUCAGCAUAUAUUCAAGAUUCAUCACAACUUCAAAUACCUUCGUCAAAUUUUACAAAGCGAUCUGUAUUACAACCAACACCAAUUCUACCAAUUUAUGCACCUCAUCGUUCAAUUACAUUAUUUACUGAACAACAACAUUUACCAUUAAUUAAAGAUCGUAUGAUCAAAGCUAAUCUUUCACAAAAAGCAAGUUUUAAAUGUAAAUCACCACCAUGUCGACCCGAUAGUUCACUUAGUCGUUCAACUACUGCUGUAAUUAAUGCUUCUCAAUUACAAACAAAAACAUACAAUCCACUUAAGCAUAUGGAUGUUGGUUUAUUACUCAAUGAAGCAACACGAAAUAGAUUAAAACGAUUAUUUCAACAACUUGAUACAGAUCGAGAUGGACAUUUAACAUAUCCUCAAGUACAAAAAUGUUUACCACCAAAUUUACCUCGUGCUCAAGAAACAUUUUUUCGUGUAUUAUAUGAUAUAACAAGUGAUUCAACUUUUUUUGGUUUACAAGAAUUUUAUGCAACAGCUGUACUUGUUGAUAUGGUAGCUAAACAAGAUUCAGAAAUAUGGAAUUCAUUAUUAGAUGAUGUUGAUUUUAAUUAUUAUCAUGAUGAUGUACUUGAAUUACUUGAUGAAUUUGAUAGUCGUUAUUCACCAGUAACAUCUACAAUAAAUUUUGAUAAUCUUGUUGGAUUAAUUAUGAAUCGAACAAAUAAUGGUAAAUAUGAACGUGUAACAAAAGAAUUAGAAAGUCGUAUUCCUAUUAUAAAAACAAUGAAAUUUACUCGAUUAGAAUUUAUUGCUCUUAUACCAUUUAUUAUUUAUAUUGAAUCAAGUCUUGAUUAUGGAAAACCAUUAUUUCGUUUUCGUGAAAAUUCCAUACUUAAUUUACACAUGCAAAAAACAUUAUUAAUUUGA